AUGGCAACCGUAUCGAGACCCCGGACUCCUGGGCAGACUCAGCCUUCCUCAGAAACACUUCCUCCCAUCACAGAGAACGGCAACGGUCAUCUCAAGGAUCAACGUCGUGCAUCAUCUCUGGGGUUUCUUCGUCGCGCAAAGUCAACUGAGCCGCUGAGUGAAAGAAAAACGUCCGGAAGCAGAAGCAAGAAAAGAGCGCAGGCGCAGGAGGAGGAGCUUCGCCGUCAGCGCGAAUCCAUGCCGCAAUUCCCUCCUCGUCUGCCCGACCUUGCACCGACGCCAGUCAUCGAGACUUUCGGGGGCGACGGACAGCACGAAAGCGUUCCCACUCAGUCAACAGAGACAAUUGCUUCUCAUCACAACCUUGCCAUUCGCAGCAAUAUGAGUACCUCUGCAGAGGCAGCUGAUCCUUACGCGCGUACGGAGAGUAUGACCCACCGUGGACGUUACAGCUAUGCGAGCAGUGCUGUCAGUACGGUCAACAACCCGCGCAGGAUGCGGAGGCGCAAGGAUCCGACACCCUACAAUAUCCUUGUUAUCGGUGCUCGCAACUCGGGCAAGACCUCAUUCUUGAAUUUUCUCAGGAAAUCUUUAACUAUGCCGCCACACAAGCAUCCCAUUCGAUCUCCAGAAGAAGUCGAAGCAUACGAGCGCCACUCACCUGCCAACGAAGGCUUCACCUCUCACUACCUUGAAACCGAGAUCGACGGCGAGCGUGUGGGUCUGACCCUGUGGGACUCUCAGGGACUGGAAAAAAAUAUCGUGGACAUUCAACUGCGCAGUGUCACCGGAUUUCUGGAGAGCAAAUUCGAAGAGACCUUGCGCGAGGAGACGAAAGUGAUUCGGUCCCCCGGCUUCCGGGAUACACAUAUCCAUUGCACUUUCUUGCUUCUCGACCCUGUGCGUCUGGAUGAGAACAUCGCUGCCGCUGAACGCGCUUCCCAGGGAACUUCCAAAGCCACCGAUACGCCCGUGAUUGGAGUUUUGGAUGAGUUCCUCGAUAUUCAAGUUCUACGAACUGUCUUGGGGAAGACCACUGUUGUUCCUGUCAUCAGCAAGGCCGAUACAAUCACCACAGCGCACAUGAGCUAUCUGAAGAAGGCGGUUUGGCAGAGCUUAAAGACGGCGAACAUUGACCCUCUCGAAAUCCUCACUCUGGAGGACCAGGACGAAUAUACGUCUUCAGAAAGCGCUGACGAGGAUGAGGCGGGAACUGACGUGGACAGCAACGCGAAUGAGGAGCACAAGGCGGAAUCGGACCCUGUCGAUAACGGCAAAGCCGAGGUCUGUACUCCAAGCUCACCGUCCCAGCGAAGCGAAGGAACAGCUCAGUCUUCAGGAUCUCAAGCCGCGUCUCAAUAUCUUCCGUUCUCAAUUCUAUCCCCAGACCCUCACUCACUUGAAGCUGGGGACGAGCCAGUUGGUCGCAAAUUUCCCUGGGGUUUCGCUAACCCGUAUGAUCCCGCACACUGCGAUUUUGUGAAGCUCAAGGACUCUGUUUUCAACGACUGGCGCGCUGAACUCCACGAAGCCAGUCGUGUUGUUUGGUAUGAGCGAUGGAGGACUAGCCGUCUGAACCGCAACGGUAUCUCCGCCUCGCCGAUGCAAAAGAUUUACAGUGGGCGAAUGGGUCCUUCCAAUGAGGGCCGCCGAACACGGUAG